CUUCGUUCCUCUGGAACCAAGAACCCAGAGAGAGAGACGCACUGCCCCCGAGCGAGAGGGAACGGCGGCUAGGAGAGAGAGAGGCCUCUCGUCUUCUUCCAUCUCCUGCGACCCGCAGGGAGAGAGAGAGAGAGAGAGAGAGAGAGAGAGAGAGAGAGAGAGAGAGAGAGGCGUAUGUCGUAGAGAGAGAAACGCCAUCGAGUGCCCCGUUAGAGAGAGGGAAGAGUUGCCAUAAUGUUCUGUGUAUCCUUCAGGUUUUUCUGAAGAAACGGAGAGAGAGAGAGAGAGAGAGAGAGAGAGAGAGAGAGAGAGAGAGAGAGAGAGAACCACCGGGGUGGAGAGAGGGUGAAGAAGGGGGGGGGCUUUGUCGAUGAAUUACUUGGUAGUAGGGAGGGAGUAGUGCAUUCCGGGGGUCUGAUGUGCGUGCAUGCGUGUGUGUCUUAAGAGAAAGCAGCAAGAGAGCACAGCGGGCGGGAAGAGAUGCCUGUUGAUCCGGAAAUCAUCUCGAACAAUGAGAAGGACUUCAUCUUGUCCGCUCUCAAGGAGGAUCAACGGAUCGACGGUCGUCGACCGUUCGAUCUACGUCGUGUCAGCGUCGCUUUUGGCAAAGAAGACGGUACCGUCGAGGUGCAAUGGGGCCAAACCCGCGUAAUGGCGGCGGUGACGGGCGAGCUCGUUCAGCCCUAUCGCGACCGUUCAAACGAGGGAUCGUUGUCGAUCUACACGGAGUUUUCUCCCAUGGCCGAUCCAAGCUUCGAGACCGGAAGGCCGGGAGCUAUGGCCGUAGAGCUGGGUCGGAUUGUGGACAGAGGGCUGAGGGAGAGCCAGGCCGUCGAUCUGGAGGCCUUGUCUGUGGUUGCAGGGCAGCUGGUGUGGGCCGUCCGCGUGGACAUCCACGUGCUCGAUAAUGGCGGCAAUCUGAUAGAUGCAGCGAAUCUGGCCGCUCUGAUGGGUCUGCUUGCCUUCCGCCGCCCUGAGUGUACCGUUGGCGAGAACCGAGAGGUGGUCGUUCACCCCCCCGACGUUAGGGACCCGAUCCCGUUGAGCAUUCAUCACCUUCCCGUGGCGCUUACCUUCGCUUUCUUCGACGAGGAUCUCGUGCUUCUGGAUCCUUCUCUCAAGGAGGAAGCGACCAUGGGCGGGAGAUUGACGAUCACCAUCAACUCCCACGGCGAAGUGUGCUGCGUACAAAAGGCAGGCGGGAUCGGGGUGAGCCCUAAUCAGAUAAUGCGGUGCAUGCGGAUUGCGGCAACGAGAGCGGCCGAUAUGGCAGGCAAGAUCAGGAGUGUGAUGGAGACGUUCGAGAGCGCCAGGGCGCAGAGGAAAGUCAAGCGCUACGCUACGGGAUCAAAGCCUGGAGCGGCCUUGGUAUCUUGGGGGGGUUUGAAAGACCUAAUCUUGUCAUCGGACGAGCCGGAGACCAUGAGAGGGGUAAUCAAUGGCCUGCCGCUGACCAAGGAUGGGCUCCUGCUGCGCAGAAAGGAAGGGGGGGGCGCUCCGCCCCCGAAUGGGGGUGGCUUGAAGGUUCGCCCGGGCACGGUUGAGGGGCAGCCAGUAGGGUUGAAUGCGCCAUCGCCGCCGCCGGCGGCGGCGGCGGCGGAGAAAAUGAUUACCUCGGACAACGAGAAUGAUGAUGGAGAGGAUGACGUGGACGACGACGAUGAGGACGAAGAAGAUGGAGAAGAGGAAGAGGAGGAGGAGGAGGAGGAGGAGGAGAAGGAAGAGGAGGAGGAAGAGGGGGAAGAGAAGGAGCCAGCGGCCGAGGCGAAGCGCAAACGAGUAUCUUGGGGGGGGGCGGAAAUGUUUUCCGGAGGGGGUUCUGGGUGGGAAAUGGGGGGCAUGAUGGGAAAUGAUCAGCAACCCCUCGGAGACGUGCCAAUGAGGACUGGGGAAGAAGAAGGCCCGAAUGAGGGGGAAGGGGAUGCGCAUAACAGCGCCAUUCGAGCGGAAGCACUGGAGUUCUUGAGAGGCACGCAAGCGUGGCGCGGGCCAAGCGGUAUUGCGAUGGCUCCGCCCCCAACGCUCCAGUCGGAGACUGAGGGAUACCUGAUGUCUGCUGCAGCCAUUUAUGCUAGGGAGCGCGCGGCAGGCCAGGCGGUCGCCUCGACACGUGAUCCCGGACCGCCUGGCCCUUUUGGAGCAGCAGCAGCUGUCCGCGGACCGGUCCUGGGAGGGCAGCCCGCCUUUGACCGUACGACGGGGGCUCUCGGUGGCAGCGACGACGAGGAAGAGGCCGUGGAAUUGAGGGGGGAGUUUGAAGGCGAUUUUCCCGCCUUCUCCGAUCGGCCCCCUCGCGGAUCCACUCCUCAGCAGUUUGGGAGAGGAAGGGAAGGCCGAGAGGGAGGGGGAGGGGGGCAAGUAGUAGAAGAAGAAGGAGAUGAGAAGGCGGAGGAGACGUUGCUGGCAGCCGUGAAGCUGAAACCGAAGAACAGAAAACACAAAAAAAUGGGGGCCAAGGGUUGAAAUUUUGAAAGGGGUCUAGAAACGCAGUGUUUCCUCACCCCUGCUGAGCUAUGCCGUGAGGUGUGUUGCCUAGCAGCUAUGCUCCCCUGUAGGUAGCCUGAAGUACAAUUCUGUCCGUGUUACCUUAUCACAGCCCCCUCCCUCUUUCCCUAUUGUCUCUCUUUCGACUUUUGAGAGUUUUUAUUCAAGAAGAAAUUGUUCCGUCAUUGUCUCCUGUCUGAUGGCUGACAGAGUCUUUACGCAUGUGCGUGU